AUGCUGGGGGCAAGUGACCAACAAACAAUCAUUUGCGCCGUGGCCGAGUCUCGUGGCAUUUCACCUUCUAUUGGGAUUGCCCUUGUAAACAUUACACUUGGAGAGGCUAUAUUGAGCCAGAUAUGCGACAAUCAAUCAUAUGUCAAGACGAUACACAAGCUUCAGAUAGCAAUUGCAUCUAGAAUUGUCUUGAUGUCUACAGCAUGCCCGCCGAAUAAAGACAGUGUUCUGUAUAGCUUGAUCGAUGAGCUCAUACCCGACGCAGAUAUUGAAAUGCUGGACAGAUCCGCCUGGUCGGAGAUAGACGGCCUUGAGUACAUUGAAAACCUAGCAUUCAAAAGCGAUAUCGACCCCAUGAAGGUGGCAACGCAGGGAAAGUAUUAUUGCAUUGGCUCGCUUGCAGCGCAUAUGUUUACCGUCACUUUUGCUCCUAAUUCGUUGCGUAUUAGAUAUCGACCGUCGGAAGAUACCAUGAUGAUCGACGUGUCAGUCAUACAAUCGCUAGAGAUCUUGCAGAACCUUGACAAACCCAAGUCCAAGGACAGUCUCUUUGGGCUAUUGAAUCAAACAAAGACACCGAUGGGAUCGCGGAUGCUUCGCAGCAACAUUCUUCAACCUCCGACAAAGUAUGACACUUUCAUUGGGCCACGCUAUGAAGCCUUGGAAGAGCUUACAGAUAUGCGUAAUCAGAGGACGUAUGCCGUCAAAGCCGGCAUCAAUGACAUGCUUGACGUCGCACGACAAACGUACAAAGAGCUGACAAAUGAGGUCCAUCUUCAUUUAAACGACGUGGAAGCCCAGCAGGGUAUUCACUUGACUCUCAAGUUCGAUCAUGGACGCAAGUAUUGGCUGCACGUAAAAUCGGGGCAUCUAAACCAAGAAGCGUUACCACGUAUUUUCAUCAAUGUGCUGAAAAAGAAGGAUCAUAUCGAGUGUCAGACUCUGCCAUUGGUAAAACUAAACUUACGCCUAUCAGAGACGUCCAACGAAAUUGUCAUGCGUAGUGACAAAGUAAUCCAAAAGCUCAUAGAGGAUCUCAGGGAGUCAGCUCCACAGCUAUUCAGAGUCUGCGAAUCUGUUGCUCUAGUCGAUAUGAUAGCCUCUUUCGCGCAUCUUGCUACCAUCAGAGAUUAUGUUCGACCAGAGAUUUUAGGCACACUGGCGUUGAAAGCAGCCCGACACCCAAUCUUGGACCGUGUCAUGUUUGAGGAAUUUGUUCCAAAUGAUUACAUUGCGACGCCGGAACACCGUUUCCACAUUGUGACAGGAUGCAACAUGGCAGGCAAGACGACAUACAUCAGAGCUGUUGCACUGCUGCAGAUAAUGGCCCAAAUUGGAUGCUUCGUUCCAGCUGAAUAUGCAUCUUUCUCCGUGGUUCACAAUCUGUUUGCACGAGUGUCUUUAGCCGACAAUCUCGAGGCCAACCUUUCCACCUAUUCUCUAGAGAUGCGGGAGAUGGCUUUCAUCUUACGAAACGUAGACGAGAAAAGCUUGGUGAUCAUCGAUGAGCUGGGCCGUGGGACGAGCCCCAGGGAUGGCCUGGCCAUGGCAAUCGCAAUGUCGGAAGCACUCAUACAGUCAGGCGCCUUUGUGUGGUUCGCCACUCAUUUCGUUGAGCUUACUCAAGUGUUGAAGGAUCGCCCUGGCGUUUUGAAUUUGCAAUUGGCCUCGGAGCGGUCUAUUUCAGAUGUAGGCGAACCACGACUGGUCAUGCUCUACAAGGCAAAAUCUGGUGUUGUCGACCCGAACCAACAUUACGGAAUCGACUUGGCAAGAGCAAUAGGAUUUCCAGAAUCCUUCACCAAGCGGGCCGAAGAGGUGGCCAACGCCCUGAGGCGACGAAGAGAGGCGAACUGGCGGGACUCUGAGUCGCAACGGCUGGUGGCCCGUCGUAAGCUCGUGCUCAGUUUGCAUGAUGCGCUGCGACAAGCUUACGAGCACGGGAGCGACGAAGCCUUGCCCGGAUACUUGAAACAUUUACAGGAAGACUUUAUCACUCGCAUGAAUGACUUGGAGAUCUCAUAA